CUAAAGACAAUUUUCAUGAUGAUUUAAGUGUCCCAUCAUAUUUAUGUCAAUUUCAUACUAUCAAGAAGCAAAUUCAGUUCUUCACACUGCAGCUUUUUUAAUAAAUCAUGCACCAACUACAACAGCGUUUGUUUAUUGUUCAGAUGGACACUAGAAACUGUGAAUUUUACGUUAUAUUGUGCAAUAUGAUUCAACAUGUUUACGUUGAGAGUUGAGAUAACCACAUGAUAAUCAGGUGGAUCUAUAUAAAUACUUUGGUAACGAAAUUGUUGUAUGUGUUUUAGUGGAAGUUAGCUGCUUCAAUCGAUAAUUUCCAGGGACAAUAUGGAAGGACAUUCCGACCCCAAAACAAAAAUACAACGCCAUCCAAAAGAAAAAGCCAAUUAUUUAUCGCACUGGUUUUUUUGCUGGGAACUACCAUUCUUUUACAAGGGCUACAAGAAACAAAUCACCGAAGAAGAUCUGUAUGGUCCUCUCAAGGACCACAAAUCUAAGCUCCUAGGCGACAAACUCGAAGAGGCAUGGUUAAAAGAAUUAAAAACACAAAAAAAUCCGUCCCUGUGGAGAACUUUACGAAAAGUAUUUGGUCUAGAAUUUUUAUUAUAUGGACUUAUUCUUGUAGUCGAAGAAUUAAUCGUUAGAAUGUGCCAGCCUCUACUCAUUGGAAAAUUAAUGUCGUACUACACUCCGAACCAAACUUCUAUUUCAAAAAAUGAAGCUUGUAUUUACGCGUCAUUCGUAAUUUUUGCAUCCUUUUUAUACGUAAUGAUCGGUCAUUCCUACGCGCUUGGCUUAUUCCAUUUAGGGAUGAAAAUACGGGUAGCUGUUAGUUCUCUAGUUUAUCGAAAAUCACUCAGAUUAAGUCAGAGCACUAUAGCUGACAAUACCGCAGGUCAUUUGCUUAAUUUGUUGGCAAACGAUGUCGGCAGAUUCGAGUACAAUGUUGUAAACGUUCACUUUUUGUGGAUGGGGCCUCUGGAAACUCUAGUCAUUUGUGCACUUACCUACUGGAUGUUAGGAGCAACUGCUAUAAUAGGAAUAGCAAUCCUCUUGGGAUUUAUUCCUAUACAAGUUUAUUUGGCAAAACGAGUGUCUGUCUAUAGAUUGCGGACGGCAUUGAAGACAGAUCAAAGGGUAAAACUGAUGAACGAAAUCAUAACAGGUGUAAAAGUUAUUAAGAUGUACUCGUGGGAAAAGCCCUUUGCUAAAUUAGUCGUAAUGGCAAGAAAGUUAGAAGUGGACCAGAUAAAAAUUAGUUCGUACCUACGUGGCUUUAAUAUGGCCUGUCAGAUAUUUUUGGGAAGAAUUGCAGUUUUCUCUUGUAUUCUAGUUUAUAUUUUAACCGGUGGUAACUUAGAAGCUCAGUACGUCUACGUCUUGACUUCAUUCUACGAAAUUAUACGUCUAGGAAGUGUAAUUUUCCUCCCAAUGGGUAUGAUGGAAAUGGGGGAAACUGUAACAUCUGUGAAGAGAAUAUUAGAAUUUUUGAAACAACCAGAAAUAACUAGUAUUAGAAAGUCCAAUCACGAAGGUAUCAAAAUAAAUAACGUAUGCGUCAGAUGGGACAAAUCCCCAAAGAACACUUUAACUAACAUAAACUUAGAUAUAAAGUCUAAUCAACUAGUGACCGUGACUGGAGCAGUUGGUAGUGGUAAAACUACACUUCUUCAUGUAAUUUUACAAGAAAUUCCUUUACUAGAAGGAUCCCUUGAAACAGGAGGCACCAUUUCGUAUGCCUCUCAACAACCAUGGCUGUUUUCGGCGAGCAUUCGAGAUAAUAUUCUUUUUGGAGAAAAAUUUUAUCAAAGUAAAUACGAUCAGGUUACUAAAGUUUGUUCUCUGGAGCACGAUUUUGCUCUUCUUCCUUUUGGCGAUCGAAGUCUUGUAGGAGAACGAGGAGUUAUGCUUAGCGGAGGACAAAAAUCCAGAAUUAAUUUAGCCAGGGCUAUAUAUAAAGACGCUGAUUUAUACCUUUUGGAUGACCCUUUGUCAGCAGUUGAUGCGCAUGUAGGAAAACAAAUCUUUGAGAAUUGCAUUAGGAAUUAUUUAAAGAAUAAAACGACGAUCUUAAUUACUCACCAAAUACAGCAUUUAGACAAUACUGACAUUGUCUAUUUAAUUGAAAACGGGAAGAUAAUGGAAGGCGGGACAUUAUUAGAACUUAGAGAAAAAAACACUGGGUUUCUAAAUGUAUUGGAAAAACCAUCAGAUGUGCAGAAUGACCAGCAAAUUGAAAGUAAAACUAACUUUGAAGAAUCAAAAGAACAUCCACAGGAAGUAAAAGAAAAUCAAGUGACAGGAGCAGUUUCUAAUCGCGUGUACCGCGACUAUUUUCUUGCUGGUGGGCCGUUCUUGAUAGGCUUCAUCGUCAUACUUUUACAUACUAUGGUCCAAACUAUCGCCGUUGGUGGAGACUACUUUUUAUCAUUUUGGGUGAAUUUGGAGCAAGAUAACGCCACCAGCAGCCACAAUUUUUUAACAACAGAUAACUGUCUAUAUAUUUACAGUGGUUUAACACUACUUCUCGUCAUUAUUGCGCUCGUUUGUUCUCUUUGCUUCUUCCGGUUCUGCCUUACAACAUCUACAAAUCUACAUAACAAGAUGUUCCGCAAAAUCGUCUCCUGUUCAAUGUAUUUCUUUAACACAAAUGAAUCAGGAAGAAUUCUUAACAGAUUUUCUAAAGAUAUAGGAUUGAUUGACGAGAAUCUACCUUUGUCAAUGAUGGACACUUUUCAAAUCUCCCUUAACGUGUUAGCGAUAGCUGUCAUCAUUGCCGUUGUUAAUCCAUGGAUUUUAGUACCCACAGUUAUAAUGUUUGCGCUGUUUUAUGUUUACAGAAAAAUUUUUUUGGCUAGUAGUCGUAACUUAAAACGCAUCGAAGGGAGAGCUCGUAGUCCAAUUUACUCCCAUGUGACUUCCUCUUUAGAAGGCAUUUCGACAAUCCGAGCUUUUAGGGCUCAAACCAAGUUACAAGACGAAUUUGACGAGCGUCAAGAUUCACACAGCUCUUCGUUUUACAUGUUUCUGGCUUGUGACGGCGCGUUUGGUUUUUGGUUAGAUCUUUGUUGUGUUAUCUUCCUUGGAAUUGUAACGUUCAGCAUUCUUUUCAUGGGUUCAGAGAGUUAUGGUGCUAACAUGGGAUUAGCUAUCACCCAGUCGAUUAUGAUGACAGGUCUGUUGCAGUGGGGAAUGAAACAAUCCGGACAACUAGAAAAUCAAAUGACUUCAGUAGAGCGUGUAGUAGAAUACACCAAAUUAGAACCUGAAUCUGAUGAAGUUACUAAACAAACACCAAAAGAAUGGCCAGCGUACGGUAAAAUCAAGUUUAACUGCGUUUCGUUACGAUAUUCACCUCACGAUCCCUGGGUCCUUAGAAAACUCACCUUUGAUAUACGCGCGAAAGAAAAAGUAGGAAUUGUUGGACGCACAGGUGCUGGAAAAUCUUCGUUAAUUUCCGUCUUAUUCCACCUGGUACCAUAUCAAGGCGAUGUUUUUAUUGACGACAUGAACACUAAAACUAUACAUUUGGAGAGUUUACGUUCCAAAAUUACCAUCAUCCCUCAAGAUCCAGUACUUUUUUCCGGUACUAUCAGGUACAACUUAGACCCGUUCGAUGAGUACCAAGAUUCUCAAUUAUGGGACGCUUUGGAAGAAGUUGAAUUGAAAAAUUUAGUGUCGGGUUUCCCAGCUGGUCUGUCAAAUAAAGUGUUAGACGGUGGUGCCAAUUUCAGUGUGGGUCAAAGACAACUUUUGUGUUUAGCUCGAGCAGUAGUCAGAAUGAAUAAAAUUUUAAUUCUGGAUGAGGCUACAGCUAAUGUUGAUCCUCGAACUGACGAACUAAUCCAAAAGACAAUUAGAUCGAAAUUUCGAGAAUGUACUGUACUAACAAUUGCUCAUCGGUUAAAUACGGUUAUGGAUUCCGACAGAAUUUUGGUGAUGAGUGAUGGUUGUGUUUUUGAGUUUGAUGAACCUCGUAGACUUCUCGAAAAUACGAAUGGAGUUUUCUACAGACUGGUGAAACAGGCUGGAAGUGACAUCUAGCAGUUUUAAACAAAUUGUACGAGGACAUAUUUAUUAAUAGAUAUAUAAAUUGCUUAUUUAUAAUUUUUUUAUACAAACUAUACUACGUUCAUUUUCCAUAUUAAUUGUUUGUUUCAAACUGUAUCAUAACAAUAAAUGAAGAUAUAACGGUUCCCAACACA